GCAUCUCUUACUUUUGAGAGAAUGAGAAAUUAUAUGACAUUUUAUUUAAUUAUUUAUUUAAUUUUAUUAUUAUUCAGCAUUUUACUUUGGACGCGUCAAAACGGUCAACGACAAAAAAAGCGUUUUAAUGCUGUCAAGCAAGACAUUAGAACACACGUUUCCUUUGCAUUUUCAAUGUUAAAAAACGAGUUGCAGCCAUUUUCAGUCUUAUUAAGCAAUACUAAGUAUUUUAAAAAAUGUGUCACGUUGCUUGCAACCGUUUAUAUAAUCCCCUUCUCACAUAUUGUUGAAAACUGUUUGCAUAAAGGAGAUAACACGUGACAUUGUUGUUCUUUGGCGUCUCAGUCGCGCCGUUUAUUGUACCGCCACUUCACACUGCAACUUUAUUUCCGACACUUCCGGUUUCCUCCACGCUGCUCGACUGGGCUGGUGUCGCUGACCCCGGGGUUGCUGACGUCUGCGGUGCGACCACUUAAAAUGCCUCCGCUCAAGUUCUGCGCCAAUAUUUCCUGGUUAUUCACCGAGCGUCCCGAUUUCAGCCAGCGGAUGUACGCGGCUGCCGCCGCCGGUUUCCGGGCAGUGGAGGCGGCCUGGCUGUACGACUGCGACCUGGAGGAGUUGCAGCGAACCCGGGAAGCGACUGGUGUGGAGGUGGUCCUCAUCAACACACCCCCUGGAGAUAUAGCGUCAGGAGAUCUGGGUCUUGGCGCGGUACCGGGAAGAGAGCGCGAGUUCCGACAGGGACUGGAUCUGGCCAUGAAGUAUGCAAAGGGUCUGCAGUGUAAAAAGAUCCACCUGAUGGCUGGGAGGAUCCCGCGGGGCUCAGUCAGAGCUGCUGUCAGCAGGGACAUGGAGAGCACCUUGGUGAAGAACCUGCAGUGCGCUGCUGACCUGCUGGCACAGGAAGGAAUGACCGGGCUGAUUGAACCCAUCAACUCCAGGAUAACUGACCCCAGAUACUUCCUGGACUCUCCUCAUCAGGCAGCCGACAUCCUGAAGAAGGUUGGAAAGCCGAACAUCAAACUGCAGAUGGAUAUCUUCCACUGGCAGAUAAUGGAUGGAAACCUGACCAAAAACAUGGAGACCUACCUACCGCAGAUCGGACACAUUCAGGUUGCUCAGGUUCCCGGUCGGAACGAGCCGGACAGUCCCGGAGAACUCAACUACAGCUACUUGUUCUCCAAACUUGAGAGUCUGGGAUACCAGGGACACGUCGGCUGUGAAUACAAGCCCCUCGAAUCCACAGAAGAAGGUCUUGGCUGGUGGAAGAACUCCACAACAUCAUGAAAAUAGAAAAGAUGAUGAUGAAAGUGGCACUUAGGAACCACACGGCUUCCGUCAUUCAAUGCCUCAACAGCGGCACACGUGUAGGAACAAACCACACAUGAUCAGAUCACCAAGCUUCCUGGCUCUUUAUUCAGUAGUGGAGACAGUAUAAAUCGUCCUGUAUGUACAGAACACACAAAAGUGGUUUUUAAUGAUUUCUUUUGUACAUAAUUACAGUUGGAGUCAGUGCUGAGUGUGUACAGUGAUCAAAUCAACUUAUUCCUCCUUCACAUUAUACUGUCAGUUUAAAUUUUAAACCAACAUGUCCAGAAGCCCUGGAGAAGCUCAAAACCUCUUUGGUUUCAGUCAAAAUACAUUUACUCAGUCGGUGACGAGCGGAUUGGUUCAGGAAACGCGCGCCAACUCUUCCACCCUCAAAGUUAUUUAGGCACUUCCAUUGCAUCAUGUGCUGCAGUUGCUGCACAGGUAAAUAUUCACUUCACCAUAUGGGGAUUCAGCGUGACCUAGCUCAGCAGGCACUUCAGGGCAGGAGAUGUGGCAGCGUGCCACGGCAUGGCUGUCAACCAGAAGGCACCAAGUAAACGUCCCAUCACAAAUCCUCGGGUUUUAGAACGGUCCGAUCCGUUAAAACCAGGGAUGUGUGGAUGAAGAGUUCAGAGGAGUUUCAAAAGAAACUUCAACACGAGUCUACUCCUUUUUCUCACAGUGCUACAGUUUAACACUCAAGUCAACGCGGUUCUGCCGAUUUGCUUCAUUCAGGUUGAACUCAUCCAUGAAAAGAUGAGGAACCCUCUCUGUCGUCAUUUAUUUUUAAUACCUGACAGCCAGUGGAGGAGAUGAGAGAUGAUGCUAAUAAGUUAAUGUCCUGAUGCCAAGCGCCAAAGAGCCAAUGGCGUUCAUGUGCGGGGGGCAGUGUGACAGUGGUGGCCAGGACAUGAUCCUUCUUAAAAAAAGAGAAAAAUGAUUCCUUUAAAAAGCACAACCAUUAAAAAUCAUCUCCCACAGGAGAAUGGAAAAAAAAACAACCUAUCAAAUAUGGACACUACCACGUCCAGGUAAUGGAACGCAUCUAUAAGAGUUUCAGUUGAAAUAAUGGAUCCAGUAUCCUGCUGAAAACAGACCACUAGCCAACAGGCUCACGUGUCCUUCACCUGGAGGAUGAGAACAUUCUCACCUCCUGGAGCUUUGAUUCAUUUUCACCAGCGAGGGAAAAGUGAACAAGGUCACAAUGGUUACUUAGCUACAGCAGACCAGUCCACAGGUUGUAGCAGGCUGUGUUGAUGACCGACUCAAGGUGAUGGUACAUGGACACCAGCUGAGGCGGAGGACUGCUGCUGGGCUGCGGCUGAGGUGGCAGCGGCUCCCGAAACACCACCUUCAAGCUCUGAGCAGAAAACGGUGAAACUUAAAAGUGGUCAGGAGAACAUGACGCUCUGACCUUGGUGAGGGAACGCACCGUUUUUGCUGCCUGGUUGUCCAGAAAGACCAGGACAAAGCAGUCUGUGAACUUCUGGUUGAGAACCGCCUGGAACGAGCAUGAUAGGAAUGAUUCAGAGUUUGAAUGACUGAUCAGGAGAAGGAUGGUUUCCUGUUACGUUCAUUGAUGAUGACCUUUCACUUCCUGCACAUUUCAGAUCAUCAAACUCAAAUGUUGCAGACUCAUCAGUACUCCUCAGGUUGACCUUUGACCGAGUGUUUUCCAGUCUAGACUUCCUCUUCCCAAAGAUCGGACGAGUCUCUUUACUCAAUUUAAUUUUAGAGUAGAUGGAGGGGAAAGAGAUCCGCUGCACUGAGAAAACAUCCUGGGGAGAACCAUGAGGCGAGACAGGCAGCAUCGCCGCAAACUUUGGGCCAUGUUGAACAACAAUAUCCCUUUAUCGCUAACCAUUUUCUAGCUACAACCUUUUAAAAUAUUGAUAUUAAAGUGGAAUAUUUCAUUGAAAAAAAGGUUAAUUAACAUUGACACUGUGUUCAUGGAUCUGAACAAGCCGAUUAGACUCAGAAAUCUUAUUCCAUCCCAAAGACAUGCCGCCAGACACAGUGAAUUCAUCAGAUCCCAUUUUGACAUGAAUAAAAUGUCCCACAUGAAUACAGCUGGUUGAACGUGUAAAGGCAGCAGUAUAGUGCCAACAUUCAUCGUUGUUGCAGCUGGGAUCCGCUGAAGAAAAGGUCACCUGACGACACAAAGAAUGAGUCAGUCUCACCAAAUACUGGAUGCCGUUGUCGUCAAAGUGUCUGCAGCUCUGAGGAAAGCGGUUCAGCAGGACUCGGAUCAGGCCCUGGUACCAGGCUGGACUCAUGGUCAGGAAACAGUCCUGCACAAUCAGGUCACAGUCUCACACACCGGCACUUUAACAAAGGAGUUCAGACUUCAUCCCAACAGUGCAGCAGGCUUCUGUCAUCUCGCUGAAUUUGGAUUUAAACAAUGGCCGGAAUAAACGGACAGUCGCGCUGCACGCAUCUAAUUGGGCCUCAGGGGUGAUGUAAUGUGUAUGA